AUGUUUAGACCGUGCAGGCGUCACAAUCCCUUCCGGCGGCUUCUUUGCUCAGCGCUUGGCGGCGCAGGUCACGAACCAAUUCGAUCAGCGUCCCAACUACGUGCUGUCGAGCGGAAGCUAUAUCUACAAGGAGCCAAAUACGGGCAUCACGAUUGCGAAGGUUGUCUCACAGCUUGGGGGAGGAAAUGCCAUGCCAUUCCGUGGCGACCAGAUGAAUGUGCUCUACGCCAG